UGUGUGUGUGUGUGUGCGUGUGAAUGCAGGCAGAGGAGUGUGAAAGAGCGCGCGGUGUGUAAACAGUGAGUUGAUGCACUGCGGACGGAACCUACCUGCAUCCUCUGAAGACGGAUCCGGACAGGUGGGCUGGUCAUCAUCACUCAGGUUUGUUGUAGAUCUUCACACUCAGCAGGAUGAUAAAGGAGUGUCUGCAGUUCCUGAUUGAACCGGCCAAAAACCUGAAGAUUCGUCUGAAGGAGUCUCGCCGGCGGGUGAAGAUCGAAAGGCGGGAGCCGCUGACAGAGAACCAGCUGUUUAUUAUGGAGCUUGCUAGAGAACUCACCUGGAUCUGCCAGAGGUCAGAUAUUCUGGCCCAUAUCUGGACUGGAGAGGAUAUCUGGCCUCCGGGUUUGUGUAAAGAGUUUAUCAUGCAGACGGCGUCUAUUCUGGAGAUGAAGGAGAAAGCGGUGAGGCCGUCUCUGUGUUCGGAUGUGUAUAUGGAGAGGCGGGACUGGAGGGAGAAGCUGCUGUGUGUUCUGGAGGGAGAGGAGGAUGAUCUCAGCGACUUGAAGAGAACCAUCAUGGACUGGACUCACAGCCAGCGGAACACGCACCCGAAUGGUAUCUGGCCGGGCGAGGCCGUGUUGUUGAUUCUGGAUGAUAUGGAGCUGCAGUGGAAGAAGGGGCGACUGCGCCACCUGCAGUCUGCCGUGGAGCUGCUGAUAUGGGUGGCAAUGGGAGAACACCUAGACAAGGAGCUGGUUCCGAGGCUGUGGCUCGUUCAGAAGCAGAAGAGCCAGAACAUCGAAGCGACUCGUUAUAUUCCACAUGCAGUGUGGAACUGGAUUUGCCACGCUGCAGUGGAUGUAACUUUUGAUGUCAACACAGCACACCCCACUCUGCUGGUCUCGGAUGACGGGAAGCGUAUGCGCUGCAGUCCAGAACCGCAGGACGUCUCGUGGCGUCGGCAGCACUUCGACGGCUGGCUCUGCGCUCUGGGCACGGAGGGUUUCUCCUGCGGGAGGCGAUACUGGGAGGUGGAGGUGGGGGACAGGGACUGGAGGGUGGGCGUGGCCAAAGAAUCGGCCCUCAGGAGAGGAUACGGCUUCCUGAACACGCAGAGCGGCUACUACACCCUGCGGCUGGAGCGAGGGACGGAACUGAAGGCCCUGACAGUACCAGUCACCCCGCUGACCCAGACGACGGUUCCCAGGCGGGUCGGCGUGUACCUGGACUACGAGGAAGGUCAGCUGUCCUUCUAUGACAUCCAGAGGAGAAGUCACAUCUACACUUUCUGCGAGAGGUUCACUGAAACGCUCUUCCCUGUCUUCGGCACGGCGGAGAUGGUCAGGGACAUGGUGGUCAGACCUGCCGGGCUCCGGUUGCCCUGUCCCUGUAACGGACCCUGCCUGUUCAGCUGAGCGCAGCCCCCAUGUGGAGAUCGACCACCUCCUGACCGACCUCCUCAGAUGUGCUCUGUUAUUUUCAGUGGACAGUGUGCAAUUUUUGAGGUGUGCAUCUUCAUUUUGUGUCUGAGAUUAUGAUUGUUCGAUGAGUCGUUUGUAAAAAAUGGGUGUGGCCUUAAAGAAACAUUGUCUAAAACAGUUCUAGCCUGAAAAGAUUAAAUGAUCUACAUUUAGGGCAAAACAGUAUGUUUUGUUAAAAAUAAUAUAUUUUACAUAUAAUAAAAAUAAAUACAUACAAUAAACGUUUAUAAAUAUUAUCCGAAGUGAUUUAUUCUAUAUUUAAUGGCUCAGGAGAAAGUUAUGAAUUAAUAUCUAUCUAUCAAAGUGGUCUGAUUCUCCUAUUUAAAUUAAUAUAUUUAAAAUACAUACAAAUAGGUUGUGUAAAUAUUACAACAGAUUUAAAAUUUAGAUUAAUACAUAAUAUAAUAUGAAUAUUAACAAUAUUGGUCAUUAUUAAGCAUAGUACAGCAUUAAUAUUUUUAUUUAAUAUUUGUGUUAUGAUAGUAAAUGUUUAUUUAUGAAACACUUAACUGGAAAAAUGAAAACACUCAUUUCUAUACCUGUCUGCUUCUGUGGUAAUCAUGCCAAAAAUUAAUAAACAAACUUAUUAGUAUUAUUUGAAAUAAAAUAUAUUAUUGUGAAAAAUACAAAGAUAAAUGUUGUAUAGUACAGCACAUUUUCUGCAAACUAUACAUUUCUAAUCAGAAUAAAUAUUUCUUAUUUAUUAGCCAUCAAGUCAGAAAAUGUUGAAAAUUAAGAUAUUUAUACUGGGAAUGACUAAACUGGGGUUCAUUUUUAAGGGGAAAAAUUAGGACACGCCCACUUGGUAAUGCCAGCGUAUCUUAGAAUUUAAUGAAAAUACACAUUUGACCUUUUUACGUACUGGGGUGAAAAGGUCAGAUAAGAGCUCUUUGUGAAAUGUUAUAACACACACACACACUGUUUGAAUUUGCAUUGCUUUAUAAAAUUGUCAUUUAAUAAUUAUUGUUUUAUUAGAAAAGUUUACUUUGAAUGCAGCUUGUUUUUUUAUGCAACAUUUGUUUUAAUGCAAUUCGCUGUUAAUCAUUCAUUUAUGCUAAUGCAACCUGCUCAGGUUAUGAUGUAAGGCAAUCACAGGAGUCAUGAUUUACAUACAGUAACUCUCCUGUAAAGCGUAUUCUUCAAUGUUCUGCUUGCUUUUCACACAAUUUAAUAAAAAAAUAAAUUACUGACACAUA